AUGGCAGCCUCUCUCACCAUCUCCAGGCUCCUCGCAGCCCCCAAAUCCCUCUCUCUCUCCAACGCAGCACCCAAAUCUUCUCUCUUCUCACCCAAAUCCUUUUCUUCAAAGCUCUCCUACACCCCUCUCCCUCUCAAACACUACGCCCACCCAAAACCCCUCCUCCGCUUCUCCACCACCGCCAAACCCGCCAUCUCCGCCACCAUCGCCGUCGGCGACAAGCUCCCAGAAGCCACCCUCUCAUACCUCGACGCCGCCGGCGACGUCCAGACCGUCAGUCUCUCCGAGCUCACCAAGUCCAAGAAGGCCGUCCUCUUCGCCGUCCCCGGCGCCUUCACCCCCACCUGCUCUCUGAAGCACGUCCCCGGGUUCGUGGAGAAGUCCGCCGAGCUCAAGGCCAAGGGAGUCGACACCAUUGCCUGCAUUGCGGUCAACGACGCCUUUGUGAUCAAGGCCUGGAAGGAGAGCCUCAAUAUCGGGGAUGAGGUGCUGCUGUUGUCUGAUGGAAAUGGGGAUUUCACCAGGGCCAUUGGGGCUGAGCUCGAUUUGAGCGAUAAGCCUGUGGGGCUGGGCGUGAGGUCCAGAAGGUACUCGCUUUUGGCUGAAGAUGGAGUUGUGAAGGUCUUGAAUUUGGAGGAAGGCGGUGCCUUCACUUCCAGUGGAGCUGAGGACAUUCUCAAAGUGCUGUGA